AUGGCGCAAGGAGCGCCUGCAAACGCGGGCAAUAAUGCCUUCAAGGACAAGUCAAAGCCCCAGGCAGUCAGAGAGGCCAACAUCACGGCCGCAAGAGCAGUGGCAGAUGCGAUCCGAACGUCGCUGGGACCUCGUGGCAUGGACAAAAUGAUCCAGACCGGCAAAGGCGAGACCAUCAUUACCAACGACGGCAAUACCAUGCUCAAGGACAUGAGCGUGAUGCACCCCGCUGCAAAGAUGCUGGUCGACUUGGCAAACGCUCAAGACAUCGAGGCUGGAGAUGGCACAACAUCGGUGGUCGUGAUUGCAGGUAGCCUGUUGGGUGCAGCGGAGAGGUUACUGGCCAAGGGCAUCCAUCCGACCAUCAUCAGCGAGAGCUUCCAGAGAGCGGCAGCACGUGCCGUCCAGAUACUGGAAGACAUCUCUGUGCCGAUCAAUCUCGCGGAUCGACAGACACUGCUCAAGGCUGCGUCAACUUCGCUAUCAUCCAAGAUCGUUUCACAAGAGCCAAAGCUGGCUCCCAUGGCAGUCGACGCCGUGCUCAAGACCAUCAAUCCUAACAAUGCACAGAAUGUCGAUCUACGCAAUGUACGCAUUCUGAAGAAAGCAGGAGGUGUCAUUGACGAUUCAGAGAUGGUCGACGGUCUGGUCCUCAGCCAGCAAGCCAUAAAGAGUGCAGGAGGCCCAACGCGGAUAGAGAAGGCCAAGAUUGGGCUCAUUCAAUUCCAACUCAGCCCACCGAAGCCGGAUAUGGAGAACCAAAUCGUCGUGAACGAUUACAGGCAGAUGGACAAGAUUCUCAAGGAGGAGCGAACCUACCUUCUCAACAUGGUCAAGAAGAUCAAGAAGGCCAAGUGCAACGUAUUGCUCAUUCAGAAGAGCAUUCUGAGAGAUGCCGUGAACGACCUGAGCUUACAUUUCCUCUACAAGCUUGGUAUCAUGUGCAUCAAGGACAUCGAGAGAGACGAAGUCGAGUUCAUCUGCAUAUCGACAGGCUGCAAGCCCAUUGCGGAUAUUGACUCCUUCACCGAGGACAAGUUGGGCUCCGCUGACUUGGUCGAAGAGGUCUCCGGCCUCGGGUCGCGGUACACGAGAGUCUCUGGCGUCAAGCACCCGAACCCAAAUGCACCACGCACCGUCUCGAUUGUUGCUCGAGGAGCGAAUCCGUUGAUUCUGGAUGAGGCUGAGCGAAGUCUACACGAUGCGAUGUGCGUAGUCCGCUGUCUGGUUAAGAAGCGCGCACUCCUGCCGGGAGGUGGCGCACCAGAAAUGGCGGUCGCCACACAACUCUCCAAAGAUGCCCUCACCUCGCAGUACCCGGACAGCACAUGUUUCAAAGCGUUCGCGGACGCACUCGAAAUCAUUCCAGUUACGCUGGCAGAGAAUGCAGGACUCAACAGCAUCAAGGUCGUCACUGAAUUGAGAGCAAGACAGGCCAAGGGCGAAACCAACGUGGGCGUCAGCAUCAAGCGUGGCGGAGUAGGAGUUAUGGGCGGCGAGGAGAAGAGCAGUGCGGGCGAAGGUGUCAUGCAGCCUCUGCUCGUCAGUACCAGUGCCUUUGAGCUGGCGAGUGAGACUGUCAAGAUGAUCCUUCGGAUCGAUGACAUUGCUUUGUCAAGAUAG